AUGAAGGGACCAAAUUUCGGAGCUUUGGGUGCUACCUUCACCAUCAUGCGAGCCAUGCAAGCCAUCUGCCUCAUCUCCAUCAUCGGCAUGACAGCCAACUUCGUCGCCGAGAUGGUAGCUGUAAAGCAAUCACCUCCCCAGGUCAUCGUCGCCACCCUCUCAGUGACCUGCAUCGCCGUCCUCUAUGUAGCCAUAACCUUCAUUCUCUACUUCGACGGUGUCCUCCCGUUCCUCGUCCCCGCCGGCAUGGACUCCCUUCUCUUGAUCGCGGUCAUCGUCGUAGCCACCACGGUUGGCAAGCCCCUCUCCUACCUCGACUGCGCCGCUCUCCCAAGUACAGGGACAACAGUAUCCUUCCUCGACAGCGUCGCCGCCAAUAUGAAGAAGGUCAACUACUGGGUGUGGGCCGGUGCCAGCAAGACGACUUGCUACGAGAUGAAGGCUAUUUGGGGAUUGAGCAUUGCACUCUGUGUGCUCUUUGCUUUCAGCGCUAUUUGCAGCGCAUGCUUGUGGAAGCAGAACAAGGCGAAGGCAGCUGAGGGAGCUGCUCCCAAGGAUGUCGAGGGCAACUGGUAA